AUGCUCCAUGCCGCUCCAGUGCUGGAGCUAAAGCUCGACAAACUACACGAAAUCGACCCUAGGAAUGUGGAGAAUUUGUUUGGGAUGUGGACGGUGUUCUCGAGGUGUGCGAGCACGAUCCCAGAUGGCAAGAGGUUGGAAAACAUGAGCUGGAGAGUGUGGGCAAGAGAAACUUUGUGCUGUCCGCCACAACCUGAGAAGACUAUUGUACCAGCGAUCGACAUCCCCUUACCACCGAAAGAAGACGUUCCUUCCUUGUCAAACUCACUAGCCUCAGUUAGCAGCGAUGGCGACUCAAUACGAACGCUAGAGCACUCGGCUUUGAGUAAAUCCAGAGGCGUUGAACAACACUUGACACCUACUGGCUUGGAGAAGAUCAUCACCAAGAUUCACGAAACAGAGCACCUGGUACCAUUAGACCCAGAGAUACGCGCUUGUGUGGCUGAAAUGUCGCCUCCAAAGCAGAUCUCGAAAGAUUCGCCUGUCUCAGAAAACUCAGACCAGAAAUCCAUCAAUUCCAACAUCGAGUCAUCUUGUAUCUCGACUGCCACUAACACGACGAACGAUACCACGGGUACGGAGCGAGACACCCAACACAGAGGUUCGGACACCAGCGUCUCCUCUAGUGGUCUAAUACGUUCUGGUAGUGUAGUGCACGGUUUCUCCCCUGUUCCGUCGAUACGAACGAGAGGGAGCUCGUCCAUCAGUAAAGCCAUGCCGGUUCUAUCUAGAGGCACUCCCAAGAAUGCCACAUCAAAGAAGACUGCCAUGUUCACCAUGGGUGGCUCCUCCGAAGAUGACGAAAGCUCUUUCGAACAAAAUAUGUCCUAUCGACGACAGAUACUUGAGCCGAGGAAGAGCAGCUUGUCUAAAAGCAUGAGUCACGAUGACAGACCCAGACAACAGAAGAAGACUACUUCCUUUCGAGAGGUUGUAGAGCAGCACAAUAUACAGACAGGAGGCAGUCCUGCCGAUGAUAACGCUAUUGCCAGCGAUGACGAAGAUGACGACUCUGCCAUCGAUGACUCUGCUAUCGAAGAAGAUGACGAGGACGGUUGGGAGGACGAACAACCAGAGGAAGAGAAGUCAACGGUGGAAUCUGUCUUCAAGCGAGUGGACAGCACCGCGCAUCUACCUAGUCGCCGUUCCAUACUUACUGCUGGCUUGACAGAAGGCGAUCGAGCGAAAGGCCUCCUCAGUGCUGCGUCAAAGUCAUCGCCAGCUAUCCGACGCAUGGACAGAACAUCUUCACACAACGGACUCUCGAUAGCGACGUCUUCAGAUGGCAACGACGAAGAGGGACCUAUGAUGAUGCGACCAUCGAAUAACAGCAGAGCAAUCCCAAUCUCACCACCAAAUCACCAGGCAGCUUAUGCAAUGGCACAUUCCCCGCGGACUACACGGCGGAACAUGCUCUCUACCGAACUUACAGAGUCACUACGUAAAAAUCUUUUGUGGGAACGACAACAAAAGAAUACAACAAUCAACGCAUUCCUCAAGCGAGAAGCCAAAUCUAUGGCCAAUCUACACAGAGCUGGUCAAACGGCUCGGACACAGGGCGGGCCCACUCGAAACCUACCAUCUCGCGAACCUAUAAGGAAUAAUAACUCCUUCGAUGACUGCUUCAAUGUAGCCAACGAAUACCACACUAAGGGUUGGUGA